UAUCAAAGUGCAAGUAAAAUUAUGCUCCGGUACCUUUGCUUUGAUCGCCCAAACUCGUCUUUUACAUCUCCAUCUUUGCAAGACAGUGAUGAAUUCAAAAUAUGAGCAAACUUGUGAAGACUUCAGAGCAACAAACCUCCAACAUAAUGGAGAAACUUCCUCAAGAGAUCAUCCUUGGUAUACUAUCCAGGCUUCCAUCAACAUCUCUGCUACAAUCGAUGUUGGUUUGCCGAGCUUGGCGAAGAUUAAUACGAGAUCCGCUUCUUGUUGCUACCCAUUUCUCUCACAUGGCCGACAAAGAUGGUCCAAGCUUCAUCUUCCAAAGCAAUCGGCCUAGUUCAUCGUAUCAGCUUUUCUUUAUAGAUUUCUCCGACUUCCAUAGCCAAGGAAAGGUGAUGUUUAAGAAACUUCCCCAUCUCAUGUCUAUUUAUUUGCUAGAUUCAUGCAACGGCUUGCUUUGCAUGCGGGAUGCAAGAUGGAUAUACAUUUGCAACCCCUUUACUAGGGUUUACUUACAGCUACCGAAAUUGGUUAACUAUCCAGCACAAGUGGGACACAUUGCAUUCGGGUUUCAUCAAACUACAAAACAGUACAAGGUAAUCCAGGUAGUAUAUCUUAGACAACAGGUUUUACUAGGUGGUCGGAUCAAUGUUGCUACCUCGACUUUGGUACAAUCUCAGGUCCAUGUUCUAACAAUCGGAGAUCCCUCUUGGAGACAUAUAGGAACCUUGCCUUAUGAUUUGGCUCGCCCGAUCCCCAAAGCUUUGGUCAAUGGGAGGCUUCAUUGGCUUUCAAAGCCUAACAAUGACAACACGGCUAGCAUUUUCAUCUCGUUUGACCUCGAAACUGAGCAGUUCCAAGAGAUGGCUAAGCCAGAUUGUUGUGGCUCAAACAGGUGUUUUCAUCAUCUCAUGGUUCUGCGAGGUUUUCUCUCAGCUGGUGCGUAUCAUGAUAACGACGAGUUGGAGGUUUGGGUUAUGAAGGAAUACGGUAUAAAAGAAUCUUGGAUCAAAGAAUUCACUAUCGGGAAUCACUUGCCACCAACAUUGCAGCAAAAUGAUCUUUUACACUUCAAUAUGGCAAAGGCUCGUUUCCCUAAUUCAUCUGUCAGAGUUCUAUGUAUUCUGAGGAAUGAUGAGAUCUUGUUGGAGUACCUAAACCGAGUAGUUGUUGUCUUUGAUCCCCGACAUGGAACAUUCAAGGAGCUUACGUUCGAUGCGAUGCCGCAUUGGUACAAAUUAGUUGUUCAUGUUGGCAGCCUGAACUGGAUUCACAUCCCUGUAUGUGGAGUAAUACGUGAUGGGAAAGGGAAUUGGGUCUUGGGCUAUAAUCGCUUCUUGGGAAAGUGUUUAGUUGUUGUUGCUGAGUUUUGGGGUAUAUUGGAUGGCUUACUUCUACUGCAAGAACAAGGAUACGAUGAAGUCACCAUCCAUUCCGAUAAUCUCGAGAUCAUUAUAAGUAUUAGCAAUAGCAUACUUGAAGAAUUGUCCUUUAAUUUAAUUAGAAGGAUUCAACAAAUUCUAGCUAAGGAAGAGAAGCGGUCGUUGAGAUAUAUUCUUAGAGAGGCUAACAGAAUUGCAAAUGCACUUGCAAAAAUGACCCUCCCAAAUGAUGAAGUACUGCACAUGUUUGAUGAUUCACGGUAG